CCCCUGAUCACUCCGCUGCAGGCAGUGUACAAAUAUCAACAGACAGAAAAACAAUGGUCCAAGGAUCCCUCAAGAAAAAGCCCGCCGGCGGCUCGACCUCCAAACGUCCCUCCGCCCUCGCGCCGAAACGCGGACCCCGCCAGAUCGCCCCCAAGAAAGCCUCGUUGAUCAAGCAGCAGAAGUUGACUAAGGUUUGUCCUCAUCACUUCCGUUCGAUGGAUCAUGAACUUCCCUGUCCACCGCACGGGUCUUGGGGAGGGAGGGUGCUCUUCGCAGAAGCUGCACCCGCGCUGCUCGCAACUUCCCCCAAAUGCAAAAGCAAAGCUGCGGGCAAUUCUUCUUAUUGGUCAGGGAUCUGAAAUCUAACCUUCGCUUCUAUGACAGAAACUCACGGCUGGUUUGACGGCUCGCACGGAGAAGAAUCUGGCGGAGAAGGCGGGGCACUUGGAGUUGUUGGCGGGAGGGAAGAAGGAUAAGAAGGCGGAGGCGGGUAAGGGCAAGAAAUA